AUGAUGAUGACGUGUUUUGAUGAUUUAAACAUUGAUUUACUCAUGGAAAUAUUCGAUUAUUUAUCUUUCACUGAACUAUUUCGAGCCUUUUUUGGACUAAAUCAACGCUUGAAUAAUAUCAUUCGACAUUAUCCAGCAUAUUUUGAUUUAUCGACGAUAAGAAACUGUAAUAUAUUUUACAAUGAUGCAUUCAAAUGUCGAUCAUUAAAAGUGUCUAGUAGUAAUAAUGAAGAUGAACACGACAAUUUAUAUUCAUAUUUGAACUUUUCCACCAUUCGAGCUGUUACAUUCCAAUCAAUAAAUCUUCGAAAGUUACUUUCAUUUAUUCAACAAUUACCAAUGCAACAACUUGAAUCGAUCAAAGUUACAAAAAUGGAUUCUAGUAACUGUGCGAUGGCUAUGCAUGAAGAAGUAUGGUUGAUAAUUUUAGCAGCUGGUCGUAAUCGUCUUCGAUGUUUACACGUUCCAUAUCAGUUCAAUCGAUGGAAUAUUGAUCGAAUUUCGUUUGAUUUACCCUCAAUCGAAUAUAUUACUCUUGAAUCCAUAAGAACCGAUCAAAUGUUAAUACUUUUGCGUCAUACACCUAAUCUUGGCCAUCUAAAAGCACAUUUACUCGGUUUUGAUUGGGGUAAACAUCUUUCUACAUUUAAUACUGCUCUUCCCAAACUAAAACAUAUGAAUUUGAGUAUACAAUAUUUACGGUCAUUCGAACUACUCCAUCAUUUCUUUAUCUCAUGUCCACACUUGAUACAUUUAAUACUCAAACUAAAAGCACGUGAAGAUACAAAGAUGAUAGUCGAUCCAAGAUCAUGGCAAACAUUGAUCGAACAAUAUCUACCUGAUCUUCAAUAUUUACGACUUCGAUUGAAUAUAUUUUUGAGUAAUGGACAUAAACGUCACAAUAUUCAAUCACCAUUUGAUCGUGCAAAAUAUUGGCUUGAACGACAACCUCAUUUUCAAGUAAUAGUCAAAAGAAAGCUGCAUCCAUGGGAUCUGAGCGACAUAUGA